UGGAAAGAAUGCCUUUUGUUUGCCAACAAUUAUCACUUGUUUACAAUUAAACCGAUAUGAAUGAAAAGAAAAAAAUGAUUUUCUAAUGCAAUACUCGAGCUACCUGGAAGUUGUCCUCACCAGACUAAAAACAGCCUUCUGAAUCCUAGCGCUCUGGCGCCCCCCAUCGACUGCAUCCUCACACGACGGCGUCAUCAUGGAGGCGAAGCGGACGUCUGGAGCCGAGUGACGGGGGAAGACACGAAGCCGCACGUCGCCUGCUUUGCUUCGCACCCCACUUUGAAAGAUUAAAAACGGUCAUCCUCCAGCAGCAAGUCCAGUGAACAAGACACCGGGCAUCAUGAAGCACUUCCUGAGGGUGUUGACCCAGUUCUUCGUGUUCCUUUACUGCAAAUGUCUGUGGCGAGGCCUGAAGUUCGUGGCGCGCAAGUUCACGGGACGCUGUGAACUGCAGCGGAUCUGCUACAACAACAAACACGGCGCACGCAGGACACUGAAGAUAGAGUCGUCUCUGAAGUACUCUAAAAAUGAGUUGCUUCAGUCCGCCCUCAGCACGCACCCCGAUAAAGUGGAGAAAAUCAUUGACGACAUCAUGACUCUGAAGAAGAUCAACCCUGACACCAACCCUCAGUUGGGCAUCUCCCUACAGGCCAGCCUGCUGCAGAUCGUGGGCUACAGGAAUUUGGUGGCCGAGGUGGAGAAGCUCCGGCGGGAGCCUUAUGACUGCGAAAAUGCACAACACGAGGAUAUGCUGAUCAAGUUGUGGAAGGAGCUGCGUCCUGACACUCCUCUGACCGGACGGAUUUCCAAGCAGUGGUGCGAGAUCGGAUUCCAAGGCAGCGAUCCAAAGACGGACUUCCGAGGCAUGGGCCUGCUGGGUCUCCACAAUCUGCUAUACUUUGCAGAACACGACAAGGCCGCGGCUCUGCAGAUGCUCCACGACUCCCUACUGCCCAAGCACAAGAGUGCGCACAGGAGUCGCAGCGAGGCAAACACAUCUGAGUGGGAGCAGAAAAACGUUGACAAAGCCAUUGGCUAUUCUUUCGCUAUUGUGGGCAUCAACAUCACAGACCUGGCCUACUCGCUGCUGGUGAGCGGCGCCCUGAAGACACACCUGUACAACGUGGCCCCCGAAAUGGCCACCCUGCUGGACCUCAAGCAGACCUUCUGUUACUUGAUGCAGGAGUUCCACCGCUUCUGGAUCGAGGAGGAUCCCAGCGAUAUCAUGGAGUUCAACAGCGUACGGGCCAAGUUCCACCGGCGGGUCCUGCGGCAGCUGCAGGAUCCGGACGCGGCGCUGUGCCCACACUUCUCGGCCGCCGACCUCCGUUUGGUCAACCUUUAAGCACCCCCCCCACCCCCGCCCCUCACCACACCAUCGGAAGUCCCGGUAGGACCGUCGUUAAAAACGCUCGGGCUAACUUCAUGAAUGCCUCAUUGCCGGCGGCUUAUGUAUUCAAUAUUUAUUUCGAUUUACACACACACACACACACACACACACACCACCAGUGUCAGACAUCACCACAGCGAUUGUUGCACCAUCGUCGUCUCACUUUUACUUUUAUGAUUGUAUGACGCACGUUACCAAGAGGUGGAGGACAUGAGUCACGUGACUUGAGUGAAGUCAGACAGUGGCCACUGGUCAGACCUGGGAUUUUUACUUAUGAAAGACUCGACUCGACUCGACUCGACUUGACUUGAACGCAAUCAUAUGCGAAUCAGAUUGUUUUUUUUCACCUUUACUCUGAACAACUAAACUUUCUAUUGUCUUUUGUGCUCAGACCAAAGCAAUAAAAUUACAGUGAGGCCUUGAAAUAUGAGUGACUCGGCUUUGUAGAUUUUUUUUACUUUGACUUGCGAGCACAGUCUUUAGAUACGAGUGCUAUGUGGUGCCAGUGAACUCAACUCACUUCACGGCAAGCAGCAAUUUGGCAGAUAUACUUGGUGAGCAAUUCUUCAAAAAAGAGGCUUCAAGAUGCUUUCCGUCAUUUUCGUCAAGUUUACUUCAGACUUAGCGUAAAACAAAGAGAAUUAUGCCGUAUGCGCUUAAAACCUCCAUAUACCGUAAUUUCCGGCCUACAGAACGCACCGGAUCGUAAGCCUCACCCAGUACAUUUGUAAAGAAAAUACCAUUUGGUACAUACAUAAGCCAGACCUGUGGAAAAAAAAAAAAAAAACAUACCGGUAAAAUUCUCCCAGACGUGGUAGUAGCACAGCAGCAACACGCUAGCACAGCGCUAACAUGGCCGGUUAAAAAAAAAACAUACCGGGAAAAAUCACUGAAACACGCCAGUAACACAGCAGCAACAUGCUAGCACAGUGCUAACUUUGGCGCAGCGCUAACAGAGCCGGUAAAAAAAACAUUCCGGUAAAAGUCACUUCCUCAGCACAUAUAUUACACUGGCCUCACUCUUACCUUUUGCACUCGAGUGCCCCUUUGCGGGCGUUAGAAAAAAUGCACAAAAUAGCCGCAUCACCGCAUAAACCGCAGGGUUGAAAAGGUGUGAAAAAAGUCGCGGUUUAUUGGCCGGAAAUUGCGGUUGCUUCGGCGUUUCAUCUGCUAGCUCAAUACUAACGCUAAAUAGCGUCAAUGUUGCUUUAACCCUUUCAGCUUCAGAGUGAACACAAAUGAUGCAGCGUCUCAUAUUAACAGGAAUCACAGGCAUGAACAGUAUUCUUUAUCCUCUACCAAAAACAACUUACCAUAAUUUCUGGCCUACAAUCUGCGACUUUUUUCACACGCUUUCAACUCUGCAGUUUAUGCGGUGAUGUGGUGCUAGCGUUAGCGCGUCCCUAGCGUUAACGCAGUGCUAGCGUUAGCGCACCUGGUUAUAAGCCUAGGUACAGAGAAAGAGUUUAACGCUAGUGCCGCGCUAACUCUUUCUGUGUACCGAGGCUUAUAACCAGGUGCGCACUGUAGGCUGGGAUUACGGUAAUGCCAUACUGAUGAUCUGAGAGAGGAGUUGGACGUCACAAUGAACAUAUUUGCCCCCAGGGCAGGCACACCGAAGGAGCAACACAACAGCCAUUCAAUUGAUGCAGCGUGACAAAAACUGCUUAAAUCUCUUUCAUCUUUACUGUAUUUUUUUAUAAAGUACAUUAUUCUAGAGGAUAAUUUUCAACACUAAAAGACACCAAGCAACCACUUUAAUUUUUUGGGGGGGGCUGUAAUGAUUCAAUGGUAUUUCCAUUCAUUUAUUGUUUUUAAUUACAGGUGAUGAUGGAAUGAAUUAAACUUGUAUCUCAAGGUACCACUGUAUUCCUGGUGUCAAGAAACUAUGUUGAAGUGAGUUGAGUGAGUUGACUCUCCACACUUCGCUUUUUAGCUCCACAUAGAUAUGAAAUCGUACAUUUUGUUAAGUAUUAUCAUAAAACAUUUUUAUUUCUUGGCAAGCCUUGGCGGCGGCUAACCGAAUCCGGCUUCAUCCUUCGAGACAAUCGUUUGUUGUUGUCGAAAGUCAUGACCCCGUGACCUUUUGAAGACGUACACUUGUGACUUGAAUUUCAAAUGGCGGCAACACGAGUCGCCAGCGUUCGGCCACUCAUGAAAACCGAUUGCAGAACCCCACACCUUGUGCAAUGGUUCGACGAGGCUAGCCAGGUUGCUAUAGAAACACAAAUCUUUUUCCAAACCAGAUUCACCCAUAUAAGGAAAUUGCCAAUUGUUUUGCUUGAUUUUCCUCCACAAUAAUUUGUGACUUCCUUGAAAUUUGAACAAGAUUAAUAUUAGAGAAUUGCUUUUGACUUGCUCUUUUGUGACUUACUCCUCACCUCGACUCUUUACACGAAUUUGACUUUAUCUCGUAGCAAAAAUAAACAAAUCACUCUGAACCAAAUAAAAAUAGAGUAAAAAAAAAAACACUAAUAAUAAUAAUGACUUGUACAUACGUAAUUGUAAUUCGAUGACCACCUUUGAAUGUGUAUGUUUUAAAUGGUGUCUUUAUAGCAUUACAAUGCUUCUCAUUUGCCUUUAUUUCUCCCAAAACAACAACAACAACACUUUCUAUCAUGAAUGUUUUUCACAUUAAGGAUUGUUUCUGUUUGAAUCCAUGGAAUGUGACACAUUUAAUGUCCGCCGUCAGCCAAAGCAAUAACUCCGACUCAUUUGAUGUAGACGAGGCGCAGCGUGCUUGUUUUGAUUAUUAUUAUUUUUUUUUAAAUUAACUUUUGUUAUGGCUUUAGUAGAUCUCCGUUGACAGGUUGGGGAUGGAAUGAUAAAAGUUGGGAUGGAAAAAAAAAAAGUCAAUGCAACAGAAGUGUAAAAAAAUAAUGGGAGAAACAUUUGGUGUUAUACUAUAUGUCUUAAUGUACACACAUUAUAAUUCAGCAAAACCUUAAUAUUUCUGUGAUACGUUUUAAUAAUGUAAAUAUUGUACCUGGGUCAAAAUUCUGACAUUCAGCAACAAACAAGAGUUGCACGUCAAUAUUUCUUGAUUAACUUCUUUUUAUUGGUUUAUUGUUAUUAUAUGUUUUAUUAGAUUAAAUGUAAUUACAUGAAGUUUAAUUUCUUUGCAAUUAUUCCUUUUUUUUAAUUUAGCAUUUAA